AUAGAUUUGUAUUUUAUGGAAUUUCACGUGGUCCCCACUCCAGGCCAUAAAUCGCACCCAAAGUCCCAAACUAAUCCAUUUCAGUUUUCCCAGCUUAAUUGGCGUAGAAGUUGCCACGUGGCUUCUGCACACCAUCAUCCCACUUCAAACUCUUCAAAACUGAUCACCAUUCAAUCCUUAACGGAUAAAACCACCACCUCCAUCAUGGCAACGGCCGCCACUGCUACGACCACGACCACCACACGCCUCCUAUCACCGACCACCACCUCCAUCGCCCAUCAAACCCUCCGUUCCACCUUAUCCUCCUUCACAAAACCCGCAUCCCUUAAAACUCUCAGACUAUCCACCAAACUCCACGUUUCUUCCCCUACCGACAAACCCAUCUCCACCACCACCACCACCAAACCCACCCAAGAAACCAUCUUUUUCGACGGCGGAGCACACUACGGUGACCUCGUCGCAAAUCUCCUCCUGGGUUUCACUCUCGUUUGGCUGCCACUCACUCUAGCCGCAGUUCUCAGAGGGUUUUUCUUGCGAUACAGAUUCACAAACUUACGGGUCACCGUGAUAUCCGGGUUAACGGGUCAGGACAGGAGUGAUUUUUCAUAUAAAGUCGUCAAAGAUGUUCAAGUUGUACCAAGGUUUAUUGGUGAAUGGGGUGAUGUGAUCAUCACUUUAAAAGAUGGAACUAAGGUUGAUUUAAGAAGUGUCCCCAAAUUUAGAGAAAUUGCCAAGUAUUGUUUGUCCAUGGUUGAGAAAAAAGGUGCUGAUGAAUUGGAAGAGAGCGGUGGUGCUAAAGGGUUUUGAUUUUCGAUUAUGCACACCACCUGUUCGAUUAUAUGACACCGGGAAGUUGAGGUUUGAAUCUGGUUUAUGGUGGGUUUUCUUUGAUCAGAAGAGGUAUGUACAUUUUCAUAAUUGCUAGUUUGAUCAAGAUUUUCGGUUAUAUAUGGAUGGUAUAAUUUUAUGUUUAAGAAGUUACUUGGUGUUGAAAUUUGAUGUACAUUUGAUAUUUUAGUAAAUUGAAGGUAUCAAAAUUUUCUGUAAUUUGCGUUUGCAGAAAAGAAAUUUACCAUUUAA